AUAAAAAAAACACUAUUGAUUUUUCGUUUGACAAGUCGCUGGAAAACAUUCUUGGUAGAUCCUUUAUUUUUCUCGUUUAGAUGGAUUAAAAUAAACGCGUGAGUGAAGUGUUAUUGUGUAAAAUCUGCUGUUAUUGGUGUUAAAUUAAAUAAAAAGCAAGAAAAGCAUGAGUGAAUUGAGACAUCGGCGUGGGGAAGGCGAUGGCAAUGACAAACUGGAGAACGCAGGGGAAUCUGAUCACGUUGAUUCUGAGGAGGAAAAGAAUAUAGAAGAGAAGUAUGUGGAUGAAAUGGCCAAGUCUUUGCCGCAAGGAACGGAUAAAACGCCAGAAAUCCUUGACUCUGCGCUUUCUGGACUAUCUUCAAGAUGGAGGAACUGGGUGAUCCGAGGUAUCUUCACCUGGUUGAUGAUUGCUGCGUUUUGCCUUCUCAUCUAUGGCGGCCCGCUGGCACUAAUGAUUACGGUACUGUGCGUCCAAGUGAAAUGCUUCGAGGAGAUCAUCAACAUCGGUUACGCGGUGUACCGCGUCCACGGCCUGCCCUGGUUCCGAUCCCUCUCUUGGUACUUCUUACUAACCUCCAACUACUUCUUCUACGGAGAGAACCUGAUUGAUUACUUUGGAGUCGUCAUUAAUAGAACGGACUACCUCAAGUUCCUCGUGACGUACCACCGCUUCAUAUCGUUCAGUCUCUACUGCGUCGGCUUCGUGUGGUUCGUCCUGUCCCUCGUCAAGAAGUACUACAUGCGGCAGUUCAGCCUCUUCGCAUGGACCCACGUGGCGCUGUUGAUCGUCGUCACCCAGAGUUAUCUCAUCAUCCAGAAUAUAUUUGAAGGCCUCAUAUGGUUUAUAGUGCCGGUAUCGAUGAUCAUCUGUAAUGACGUCAUGGCCUACGUGUUCGGCUUCUUCUUUGGCAAGACCCCCCUCAUCAAGCUGAGCCCCAAGAAGACCUGGGAGGGAUUCAUCGGCGGCGGGAUAUCUACUGUCAUCUUUGGACUGGUGAUGUCGUACAUGAUGUCCCAGUACCCGUACCUGGUGUGCCCCAUCGAGUACUCGGAGUCGCUCGGCCGCAUGACCAUGGACUGCGAGCCCUCGCUGCUGUUCAGACUUCACGAGUACACGCCGCCUCAGUUCGUGCAGCCCGUCAUGAAAGUUUUCGGCCUGGAGAAGAUGAAUAUCUACCCGUUCAUGAUCCAUUCCCUGUGUCUGAGCACAUUCAGCUCUGUCAUCGGACCCUUCGGCGGAUUCUUUGCUUCUGGAUUCAAGCGUGCGUUUAAGAUCAAGGACUUUGGCGACGUGAUCCCCGGCCACGGCGGCAUCAUGGACCGCUUCGACUGCCAGUUCCUGAUGGCCACCUUCGUCAACGUCUACAUCACCAGCUUCAUCCGCACCGCUACGCCGCAGAAACUCCUGCAACAGGUGUACAACCUGAAGCCCGAACAACAGCUACAACUGUUCUACGCUCUCAAGGAGUCGCUGGAACACAGGAAUAUACUCAACUUGGUACCUUAAGCGCGCCAUAGUCCAAUACAGGUAUCGUAAUACGGUCACAGCUUGCAGUGGGGAAACUACACACUAUACAAUAAAAACGCUGCGUUUUAACAAAGAAAAACCAACAAAAAUAAAGGAAUCAACAAAAGAUGUAAAAAUAUAUCCAUGUAUGUAUGUAUAUGUAAAGUCUGAAUAUUUACUUGUGACGUUUUGACGACUUUGUUUUUAUUAGGAAAGUUAAUUUUUGAUGUAUUUACAGUACAAGAAUCAACGGGUUCGUUUUGUGUAGUUAUAUUUUUUAAUUAUCUUUUUAUUGUUGUAUUAAAUGUGGGUUUCGAAUGGUUAUACGUAAAAAUAAUAGAAAAUUAACAAAACACAGCGUUUUUUUGUGCAGUGUGCAAGUUAUCUAAGGUUGAACAUAUCCCGUGUACCUUAAACGAAAUACAUUUGUUCUAGUCUGUUAUUGCGUUUGUUUUUUACUUUAAUAUUAAUUUUUAAUAUAUGAAAUAUAAAACAUAUAUAAUUAAGCGCUUUUGUAGUGUAUACAAAUGUUUUUAUAUUAAAAUUCCUACUAAAUGUAUUGCCAGUGUUUAAUUAUACAUAUAUUCACAAUUUAUUGUUCUUAACAGAUUAUUCUGUUUUACAAGGCAUGAAUUACGGUUGUAUAGAAUAUUUUUAUGUUAUUUAAUGACAUAUUAUAUUCGUCAAUACUCAUGAAUUCAGAAAACUGUCUUAUGUAUUGCCAGCUACCAAAGAAUAAAAUAUCAAAGUAAAAAACAAACGCAAAUCAUUGAAAAAAAAAAUAUAGAAAUAAUUUAUUUAUCCUGCAUACUACAUAGCAUUAUUCUUCAGGAGAAAAUAAUAUUAUAAUUAUAUUUAAUUAAAAUACUUAUAGUUUAAUUAGUAGUAAUAUUAAAUAAUUAUAAAAAAAUAUCUAACACACCUGACAUUCAGUGUUAGACGUAUUAAAUGACAAAUAUAAUAAAAAUAUUUAAUUUUAUUUGUCAUUUAAAUAUUAAUAAACUUAUAUUUGAAUCUGAACAGGCUUCGACGUAAAUGGUACAUUGAAAUUUAAACCUUAAGUACUAGUGUAUAUGAUAUAAUUUGAGUAACGAAAUUUCAUGACUUUUAUAACUGUGUUGAGCUUGUUUGUCUUCAAAUAUAUAAGAGGUUUCUGCUUAUAUGAGAGCAAUCUACUAAAGGAAUAUAGGAAGAGGGUAUUUAACAUCAAAUUGUCUGAAAAAAGUAUAUCGAAAUUAUACGUAAACAAGAUCAUAUGUCAAUCAGUCAAGUUGUCCGAAAAUGGACUUUGUGCUCUUUCUGUAUGGGCGAAUUUUGCGGUUGCGAAUUACCUCUCCCAAAACCUUUAUUGGGUUGCCGACAUAUACUCAAUAACCCACUAUAAAUAGAUUGAUCGUGGUUCUUAUAACAUUAAACUAAUAAUAUCCUUACCACUCGAAUUAUUACUGUUUGGGUAACGAUUAAACUAAGUAUUUCUAUAUUAUUCCUCGAAUUUUUAUGUGUAGUGUAAUGUAAAUGCCUCAUACAUUUUGUAAUGAAUCUAUUAUUUUUGUUUAUUAUUUAUUGAUAGUUAAAUAAAUAUCUUCCUCAUGUGGACGCCGGUUUCGAUGUAGUCGGGUUUCUUUACGUUGGCCUAAGAGGCCCGUAUUGCGCUUAGUUAUCUAGCUCAUUUUAUAAAUGUAAUAUACACACCGCUGACCUCAAUAAAUAGUACAACAUAUACCGAGACCUUUUAGUUGUGAACUUUGAUAUGGUCUUCCAAAGCAUGCCAGGAAAGCAGUAUUUUAGAAAAACAACUGGUUAAUCAAUUAUAAAUCUUCCAUCUGUUAUCAAUCUGACUUCCAAUUCAUUCUACAUAGAAUUAAUUUAAAGUACCUCUAAAUUAACGCCAUUUAAUACUUCCAUGAACUGCUAUUUGUUAAGUACGGCGGUGUAUAUUAUUAUAGUUUAUUUUUGGAUUAGACAGGGAAUAUUGCAUUUGUAUUUAUGCUUUAGACUGAAUAACGAACGACUGUUUCAUGUGCUAAAGACUUUUUGAGAGUUUACUUUUGGUAUGAUAAACGGAUUGACAGAAUACCUAGGCCAGUCUUAUACGACCCAAAAUAAUUGGUUAAAAAAACCGAAUAUUGAUUUUUACUAAUAAAUUAAUAUGUCUUUUAGACCGUAGUGUUAAUUUCGCUUAAAUGUCUUUAGACAAUUCUUUGGAAAAUAAAAAUUAAAAAGUUUCUUAAAUAGAAAUGUUUAGUUAGAUGUUGGUUAGGUAUAUAGAUAACCUAAUAGAUUCCGCAUAUAAUACAAAUUACUCGCAUCAACUAUAAUAUGUAUUUGCACUGAUAUAAUAUGGCACCAAUCAGACAGACAAAACAGGUACAUGAUCUAAAGAGAGAUAGAGUCUAUCAAUUAUAUUACAAUACUGCACGGAUAGCCGAGUGGUUGAGGUCAUCACGCCAAACCCACUGUGCGCGACGUGUCGCGGGUUCGAUCCCCGCGUAGGACAAGCAUUUGUGUGAUCCACGAAUGCUUGUUCCGAGUCACGCGGUGCACGAGGACACCCAGUCCUCGUGCAUGUGAAUUGUAUGUUUGUGAAACACCCCGCGACACAAGGAUUAAAUUCAUUAGUGCGGGAGUCGUUUAAAAAAAAAUAACCGCUAUCCGUAUUUAUCGUGCCUUUCCCAAAACUUGGUGAUGUCAGUUAUCUUGAACAAGAACAAAUACCAAAUGCGGUAUCUAUUAGAGUUAUCUAUAAGCAAAAGGAAAGGGUAUAGAAAGAGACAUGUAGAGACUCAGCAAUAUUUCAUCAUACGGCUUUAAACUGCAAUGCAGCUUACAAUACACGCUUAACAAAACACAUUGGUUACAAAAUAAAUAUAUUCUAACUACAAUAUUGUUUAAAAAGUAUAUAUUAACAUAUAAAAACAAAUUAUCAGCGUUACAUGAAACGUGUUAAGUUUGGUGAUGUUUUUUUAUUGUGAUUUUUACGUUACGUUGGUAUUCUCAUGUUGAUUUGUUGCUUUAUGUGUUUAUUUGAUGCUCGUUCGCUAGCUUUUAGUGUUGUAUUAGCAUUUUUAGGUUAGUUUAACUAUAUUUUUUGAGAACGUUGACAUAGUUGUGUCGUUGGAACAUUGCGUCUACCGCCAUCUUUUAAAGUAAUAUUGGGGCUGUUUUGAUAGAGCAUUCUUUCUCGAAGUGUGUGUUAACGCCCCCUUGUGGGCUGUAAAGACAUCAAAGUAAGAGAACUAAAAAUGUUUAGUAAUGGAAGUGGUUCUUUUUUAACAAAAUUAUUUUGCAAAAUAUGGCAUUUGACAAAAUAAGUUUGGAACAUCCGUAGUAGAGAGACGUUAUUCUACACCGCUUAGGGCCCUAUCCCGCUUACCCAAUUGCAAUAAUAGUACUUUAAGAGUUGGUGGUAGACCCCCGGGUGUACUCAUACUUGCAAUGUUUCACACGAAGUAGUCUUGUCAAAAUUGUAUGUGAAUUGAUUAGUGUUAAAUUUUAAUAGGCAGAUAAGUUGUUUGCGAAAGUACGUGCGAUUUCUCAUUGAUUUAAUGCUACUUAGUCUUAAAAUACUUGUAUUGUGUUAUAACGGUGAUGGUCAAAUUUUAAGAGAUAAAUCUAGAAAUUUUUAGAAAGCAAUGCAAUUGGCAAUUCUUUGUCAUAGUUAUAAAUAAAUGUGUUUGUUACGAUCUCGCGAAAAGAUUGAUGUGACUUUAAAUUUCUAGAUUAAUAACUACCUAAUAUAACAGUAUACCAUACCGCUGCAUAGUUUUAUUAAAGAAGUGGGACAGAAACAAUAUUAAGUAUAUAAAACAAGUGAGUAGCUAAGUAACUUCGAUUUCAAACAAUUUUCCUAUACGUCAUAGUAAAAUCCCAGUGACCAGAAAUGUAUGAGAAAUGAAACUUAUGAAUACGAUUGCCAAUUUACACGUAUUACAGUUUUAAAUAUAGAACUGUUGGUGGUGUGCAAGCGAGAGGCCACUACUCAUGGUGUAAUGCGCUGUCUCUUUCCCUCACUGGCAACAGCUUUCUGUUUGAUUUGUUUCUGUACCCACGCAAGUAAACGAGUACCUACCUACCAAACAUUUGAGCAUAAUUAAGGACCAAUCCAUGAAUAUAUUAUGUUGUUAAUUAAAAUACUAAUGACGUUUAUUUGCCAUAGGACAAACUGCGCUGUUCGUUUUAUGAUAGUCUACGUUUAGCUCCUAGAAUUAUUUGCCGUUAAUAAUUACUUUCAGAGUAUUUUAUAUGUUUGUGUGUGUGUGUGUGAGUUUAAUGUACAGAAAAAUUAAAAUGUAAGGUAUGCAUAAAUAAAUAUGUAUUUUAUAUUUUCAGCUUAUUAUCACUCAUUAGCUCGUAACUGAAUUACAAACGAUGGUUUAAUAACUGCCAACGACUUGUACAUGAACAUUCAGUUUCCUAAUUCUUUAAGCAAAAUGAGUGUUUCCACAGUCAAGUACAAAAUUCUAAAAUCUGAAGUUAGACCUAUUUUUGAAUACUAUAUUUAUUUAUGCAUGACUUACGUUCGCUAUUGAUUCGCGUGCAAUUUUCUUCUAAUGAAAAAGCUGUGCAUUUCACUCUCACGCCUUGAGAAUACGUUACAAAAUUGUAAUAGUAUUAAAAGUAUUGAUGUUUAUCGAUAAGAUAGCUCUGUAUAAUGCAUUGUGCAAAAUGUUUAGCGUAUGUGAUAGUAUAUUAUGUGAGGAGCUAACGAUAUACCUAGAUCUGAAAUAAGGACCUGGAAUAGCAGUCAUAUUUAUCUUGAAAAAACCCAGUUUCGUUUUAGAUAUUUUUUUGGUGCAAUGAUAUGAAAUGACUUCGACUAAUAAUGGUGUAAAUGGAAAUUAACUGUUUUAUUAAUAGUUAAAUUAAUAGCCAAGUUUUAGUCGAUAACUUUUAAGAUUCAACAAUUUUGUUGACGGAAAAAAAAAUAUUUUUUUAUAUACAAAUUCUUGGCCCAUAUAUAUGCUACUUUUGAAUUAGUUCCAGCCAAAUAGAUUUCUCAUUCUACUGCGGCUUAACUAGAACGUUGUUAAUGAGUAGCAAAAUGCCCCAUAAAGUUGUACCAUCAAAAGCUUAGUGGUAUUUAAACCACUCUUUAUAGUGCAAUUAAAUAUAUAAGUAACACUUACAUCAUUGCACCUCAUACCAGUUACAAAAUGACAGUAAACGAUAUUUAAAUAAUAAAUACAUAUAUUGUUAGCUCUGCUACACCAAAUGUCUUACCAGCACUUCAUUAGAAUUGUUAAAUUCGUCACAAAAUAUAAGAUCUUGAAUCAAUGUUAUUGUAAAAUAUAUUUACGGUUAUUAAACACCCCUUAUUUGGUAUUAAAUUCAUUACAGAUUCUUGGUAUCAAAACCUUUAUUAUGAGAUUUUAAUGCAGGACUAUUGUCAUUGUCGAAGCGAGAUGUCGCUACUAGCUGUGUAGUGCUGUCUCACUCUUUCAAUAGCAUGGGAUUCACUUUGAAUAGCGCAGUUUAAAUACAUAUUAUUCAAAAUAUGUUUAAAGCUCUUGUUCUAUAUAUCUUACUGUUUAAAUCAUAUUGAAAUAGUGUUGAAAUUGACAAGUAAGGUGUGUUUAUAAUUCGUAAUGAUAUGCGUACCUAACGAUUAUUGAUAGUGUAUGUAUUGUAGACCUAGACGUGUUUUAUGAUAUAAAUUAUUUAUUGGAUAUGUGACGGUAAAAUAAAUGGAACCCUAAAGGUA